UUCAAACACCAAAUUCACAUUCUGUUCUGUUUGACAUGGCUGAAGGAGGUUAUGGUGGUCCAAAAGUUACAAUUUUUGACAGUCAGGGGACGUUACUUAACGAAUCAACAUGUGAAAAAGCGUUUGGGGAUCUAAGUCUGAAAUAUAUUAUUGACUCGCUUAGAAUAGUCCAACAGGAAACCAAUGAAUUUUUGACUAAACUUGUGCAUGAACAGACUUCUCAGGGCAUUAGCAAACUUGAAAGUAUUGGUGUUGAAGAAGACAGUAAAGGUGAUGAAGACAAUGAGGAAAGCAAUGAAGUAUUGCCAACACCACGCUGUGGUCUUUCUUCAUCUGUGGUGGUCAAUGAAACUUUACGAGAAGAAAAUUGAAGGAUGUUUUGCGCCACAAUCACAUUCGUGUAGAAGAAACCGUUUUCUGAAUGAAUACGGUUUUUAUUAAUAUUGUGAACAUAAAUGUGUGGAAAUACGUUAAUUUUGAUCUUGCUGAGAGUCCAAAUAGUGACAAGCAAAUGCAUUUGAUUUCUUCACAAAGUUAAAGUGAAGGGUUAAUGUAACAGUCAUGAAGUGCAGCUGAGAUUUCAGAUUCUCACAGCAGUAAAUAUGAAGAUGAUUGGCAUCUGGGAUGUUGCACCAUUUCAUCUGGUAGACGUUCACUGAUGCGCACUUACUGCUUCCAUCAUCAAGGUGAUGAUGAUGAUGGCGACAGAAAUUUUCAUAGAGUGCAGUCAAAUCAUUUGUAUUGUCAUUUAUUCAAACCAUUUUCAUGAUAUCUUUUAUCUAAUUAAAGACAAAUGAUGAUAUUGA